AUCCAGGGUAAAAGGCGACACACGCACACGCGCGCACAUUGUAGCUUAUGUUUCUCCGAUGGCAUCGGCGUGUCUCCAGUGGAUCUUCACACUGUCGAUGGUCUUGGUCAUCUUUCAGGGUGUGUGUGUGAUGUUUUACUACACAGCCGACACACACUCGUCCAGAGAUGCGAUCACAAAGGGGUUUCUGAGGCUGCACUGUGAAAAACUCAGACGCAAGUUUUCAAUCAUCAAAUCGGCCAAAAGUAUAAAUUUCGAAAGGUUCACGCAGGAGCUGUCAGAUUACACGAGCUGCCCGUACAAAUAUAACCAAACUGAGCGGGAGCUGAACAGAAUCCGGUUGCAGUUUUGUUGUAACGCCACAGGAUCAUUCAUCCUCACCAAACGCAACACAGCCAUCAAUCAAUCCAUCCAAUAUGAAACAAGCACAACAAAAACAUACAAAAUGAAUGCAGCACUUCACAGUAUGCUGCCUGAGGUGACAUCCCUGGUCCGGUCGGCGUCUGGGUCGGUGUGCUGUGGUCGGCAGCGGUGGGAUUUUGAAAAACAGCAGCUGUGGAC